AGUAGCUAUGCUCAUGCUACUGCUCCUCACAGUGAACUAUUACAAUGGCGGCUGCAAGGAAAGAAGGAAAGCGGUUGUUUUGGACUCUGCAAAUGGAGGAGAGGCUCGUCGACCUUUGGAGCCAGCACAGAUGCCUGUUCGAUGUUUCGUGCUUGUCGUACCGCGACAGAGUGGAAAAAGAAAGAAGAUGGGUCGAGAUUGCGGCUGAACUCAACAUACCCGCCGAAGAGGUGAAAAUAAGGACUGGGUCUCUACGAACCCAGUACUCCAGACUGCUCAGGCCAAAGCCUAUCGGAAGCAGUGGGAAACCACUUACAGCGAAGCAGCGCUGGCUCUUGGACAACAUGGAGUUCCUGAGAAAACAUGUUGUCCCGCGGUUUAGCAAGAGUAGUUUGAGCCUUCAUCCCGAGCAGGAGGAGCAACUGGACCUGGAGCCUGUGGACAGCAGUGACGACGGCGUCUCGGAUGCGUCAGACUGGGCCCCAGGAGACUCACAGCAGUCCGACAACUCUCUCGUCUCGGCAGGGUCCUCCGAUUCGCCGCCUCCCGACUCGCAACUGUCACCCGGGGGAGGGCAAAGUCCUUCCCCAGUGGUGUCUGAUGUAGGCAGAGUCAUCAACAAAAAGGCACCAAAAAGGAAGGCUUCUGAUGAUGACAGGGAGCUGCAAAAGCUUACGAUCCUGAAGGAGAUGUCGGCCGCUGUGCUGGCUGGACUAAACCAGCCUCGCGACUCUGAGGCAUUGUUUGCGCAGCAAAUUGCUGCUGAAGUCCGGCAGAUCCGAAGCCCUAUUUUGAGAAUGAGGGCCAAGAAAACAAUAAUGACCCUCGUAUAUGAAUUUCAAGAGCAAGACCAGAGGGAAGCACAGGUCCCCAGACACACAGACGGAUUCUCAGAGUACCACGCCAGCUUUCGGAUACCACCAGCGCCAGCACCUGGCCCGGCCCAUGGACGAUACUUCCACCCACGGCCUCCUCCAGCCUACACAGAAAUGCUACACAGCAGUGAGCCAGAUGUGUACUUGAAAGGUGAGAAGAAGCUGAGAAAAGCAGGAUCAAGGGAAUACAGAAGAAUAACCGAUUCUGAAGAUGAAAGAGAGUUUACCACUAAUUCUGGACAAGAGUUGGUGCAAUCAACCAAGGAAAAAGCAACUCCUAGCCCCUAUCAAAAUAAAUUAGGUAAAGCUCAAGAAACUGGAAGACAAACAACAGAUGAUGAACAAGAACCAGCUGUUUCAGAAGAAUAG